ACUAGCAGCGCCUGUCGUGACAAAAACCACAAACAAAUUCAAAUAAGUGAGGUUAUGGUCACUCAAUGUUGAUAUGGCAAAUCCGAACCGAAAUAUUGACGAAUCGAUCAGGAAACCACGACGAACUAAAGGAACGCCGUUUUUCGUCCAACGAAACUGGUACGCAGCUGGUGUUCUAGCAAUCGGGGGAGUUUUCUGGAUGCUUUAUGAACUGUGGCCUGAGUCCCAAAAACUGAAGAAAAGCUUCCGCGAAGGCAAAUUCGAUACACCACCAGAGAUCAAAACGCGUUUUUUGGAAGCUAAAUUAUCAGCAACUCAGCCGGGGUACUGGCAGCUGAUCAGUCAGUUGAAAGCACGAGAAGUGGCCAAAGAAGAUGAACUCUACAAGGAAGAAACGAGGCGGCAGCCGUGGUACAGUAAAUACUUCACGAGCCCCGACGUCUAACAAAACCACGAAAAAACCUAGCGAGCGAGGCGUAAAGAAGAUCUCGAAAUAUUUCUCUGUUCCAAAAAAAGCUGAUUCCGAUAAUUCCGACGAAUUAUCAGACUCCCCAUACCGGAACUGUUUGAGUGAAGUGAAAAGUGUGAAACUGAACGACUCCGCGAGUGACUUAGACGAUUUUAAAACCCCUCAAGCGAUCAACAAAAUAUCAAAAAUUGCCCCAAAGCCCGUAGAAAAACCAGCGCGGAAAAAAAAGUCGCGCCAAUUGCCUCUACGCAAGUUCGUCGAGAACAACUUGAGGCACAGCGAUGUCAACCCAGACCACCUCCAAAUGGCCUUAGCUUUGUCUGAAUCCACCUACCAAGCCGAAAACCCCAGUUCGCAGGACAAAAAGGACUCGUUUAAACUCGCGUUUGAAAAAUUCGGAUUCGGUUACUCCAAAAGCAGGGUCUCUGUGGCAAACAGAAAAGACCCAUCUGACAAAAAAAUAAACAAAAAGUCACGAUAUCGUUUCAUAACCCCAAUUUUAAAAAUUCGCACUACAGAAGAGCGCGAAGAGUUAAUUUCAUCCAAAGUGUCGUUGAUUUUAGCACAAAAUAAUCGAAAACCGGUUGAAAAUAACCCCCGAAAAUGUGAAGAGUUAUUUUGCGAAAGUCUGCGAAAAUUCAGUUGUCAAAAAAUAUUUAAAAUCAAUUGUUUAGAUGUCGGGGAACUACAAAACGGGGAUGUAUUUUACGUGCGGGGGUUGGGCGUCGAACGUAGCCACGCCCCUUGUGGUUGUUUGCUGAGGGAUUGGACGGCCAUUCCGGGGCGUGAACGCAGUCCGGAGCCUAAUGUAACUCCGCCCGUGUACACAGAAUCUCCAAAAGUAAGUCCUCCCAGGUUGGAGAAUUUACCCUCCACGUCCAGCAAACGGCGCAGUUCGAUUGUGACACUGGAAUUAAGUUGUAGCGAAAUUGAUAAUUCCCCCUUUGAAGAAAAUAAUGAUGUGAGUAUCGUAGAUUUGGGAGAUUCUAUUGAAGCUUAUGAACCCACAAACGUCGAUUGUGGCAAAUAUAGGUUAAGCCCAGAAGUAACUUCUCCAAUUUUGGGUAAGAUUUCUCCCAGAAUCGAAACGCCUCGAUCUUUACACACUAGUCCGAAUUUAGAAUGUGGUGGAGAUUUUACCCCCAAAUUUGCAGAUAACUUAUUGUCUCCUUCAGAAUUAUGGGCACAUCCUCCAAGUCCCCCAAUAACUUCUCCCCUUGUCAACACAUCAUCGAAUUCUCAACGAACUCCUCCCCAACGCAAUAAAAGAUCCCGUGAUUGCUUGUCACCAGAUUUAUUUGACUCAGAUGUUGAACCAUCCCCAAAUCGCUUAAGAGGGGGUCAAGAUUUAGAAGUGGAAGAAAUAGAAUGCUACGAUUUAACCCAAUCAGAUAACGAAGAAGAAAAGUCCUUUCAUUUGAACCUGUCAAACUCUGAGGAUUCGAUUGGUCGCCGGUCGGACCUCAACGUUACUGAGUACGUCCACAAUCUACUGAGUCAGUGCAAAGAUGAACCUCCUCCAAUCAAAAAAUUAGAAAAAAUAAGCGCGAGUGAAGACGACUCACAACAAAGUCAAAGCAGUGUGUGUAUAAGUGACGAUGAAUUGAACUACUCCAGCGUGUUUAGUACCCCACUUGCCACAAAAAAAGUGGAAUAUGAGUUGUCGGAGGAUGAGGAGUUUGGGGCUUCUCUAGAAAAAAGAAUUACAAAAAAAUGCAAAGAAGAAACACCGUCAAGACUCCCAUUGACCAAUUUAUGUACUGAUAACUUCCCCCACAUUUCUAAUAAAACCUCCCGAAUAGCAACCACUCCCACUCUCGAUGACUCAUUCAAUGAAGUCCUCAGUCACGUACCCUCCAACGACACCCCCUCCACCUCCAACGCUUCUUUCGUCAUCAAAACCAAAAACGUCACCCCUAUGGCUAACUACGACGACAUGGAUACUCCAAAAAUCACCAAAGAGUUGGACAGAUACGGACUUAAACCCCUUAAACGUCAAAAGGGGGCGAAGUUGUUGAAGUACAUUUACGAAUCCACGCACCCUAUAAUAGGGGAUGAAAACCACGCCGCGAAGAAAAGACGAACUCAUUACCCCCAAUAUGGAAACCUGGUUGGAGAUGUGGGAGACCCAGGAGAAGUUAUUUUGGAGAGGAAGCAAUCAAAAAAAUUCGCAACCUGUGCGCUACCGUUACACAUAGCGUGGCACAAUUUCGUGAUGAGCAACCCCAAAAUCCGAGAAAACAUUUUAUUAUAUGAACCCCUCCAACUGGAGGUUUUACACUCCAUGCUCAAGGACCAAGGUUUUAAAUUCAACAUUCAAGAUUUAUUGGCGUUCUUGGACAAAAAGUGCAUAACGAUCCGCACCGCCCAAGGUCAGCACCACGGAAAGAACCCGAGAUGACACAUUUUUCCGACAUUUUUUAUUUCUACAAACAUUAAAUUUCACGUAAUCAGACUACAACUUUACGAAUUUACAUAUCACAACCUUCGUUCCUUAACCUAAUUCUCCUUCUUCUUUUGCUUGAUCCUGUAGUCCGACAAGGCGGCUUUGAUUGCGUCUUCGGCCAACAUGGAGCAGUGCAGCUUGACCGGGGGCAGCGACAGCUCCUUGGCGAUGUCGGUGUUCUUGAGCUCGAGGGCUUGGUCGACCGUCUUUCCCUUGACCCACUCGGUGGCCAGGGAGCUGCUGGCGAUGGCCGAGCCGCAACCGAACGUCUUGAAUUUGGCGUCGAUGAUCUUGCCGUUCUCGUCCACCUUGAUUUGGAGCUUCAUCACGUCGCCGCAGGCCGGGGCCCCCACGAGUCCCGUGCCCACGGUGACGUCGUUCUUGUCGAGGGAGCCGACAUUGCGGGGGUUCUCGUAGUGGUCGAUCACGUUGGGGUGGUAGGCGGCGGUGACAGUCCGCAAGGGGGACACCACACGGAGCAAUUUGGACGACGCGUUCAACGCCAUGUCUUUAAUCGGUUGAAAACACUUGGAAAUUUGCGUUUUGCGAUGUCUUCGGACCACAACCUUCGAAUGACAUCUGGUUUUGGCGUUUGGCGGUUGCGGUUGGUACGGCGAGGCAGGGCUGCCAACUCCAAUAAUUAAAAAAACUCGAAAUAUUGAGCGCAGCGGAAAAUCAAAGUUUUUUUUUUAAACCAACCCUUGUGUUCGAGUAUCGCUUUUUCUGCUAAAUUGCGUUCGUGGUAAAUUUUCUUUCCGACAGAUUGAUCCCCAACAAUGUUUGAGUGGGUAAAUCCCAAACCCAAAUUAUCGCGAAAUGUGACGAAAGCGUUGUUUACCAAGUAAUUGACACAAUUUCGCUGUUUAUUUGCUCAGUUGUUGAUUUUUUUAAAGCAAAUAAACUAAUAGAACUUUUCGCGAUAGUCAUGUUGGUUAAGCAGGUGCGUUUUGACAAGUGACACUUCAUGACGAUGUUAAUGUGGGGUCCACUCUAAUAAAAAAGUAGCGCAAAAAGGUGAAAUGUGAUUUAAAAGUCUCCACGGUUUAUUCUAGUUAUUGUUAAUUUACCCAAUGUCUCCAUUAUUUGUGUUAAUUUUUGUAUGUCACCUAACCUGCACCAUCCGCGCUGAUGAAACUUCACACAUAACCCGGCAUUUAUUAGCGGGGGUCAACAUCCCACCUCAGAACGAUGCACCCAAUUCCAACACAGACGAAUCGAACAAGAAAGAAAGCCCCGUAGUCAUAAAGAUCGACAGUAAAAAGAAAAACAAUGAAGUGCAAUCGAAACCACCAGAAUCGAAGACACCAAUCGAGAAAAAAAGUACAAGUCAAGCACCAGCAGCAAAAAACGCGACGAAGGUGGAGGAACACCAAGUUCUAAAAACUACGGAGAUGGAAUCAGGCGCCCUGUUGAGGGGUGUAUCUGUAAUCGUAGCCUUAACAACCCUAGUGAUUAUUUAUAUGGCCUUGAAGACUUAUUGCGGGAAAAGGGGUAGACAUCCCGUGAUGGUGAGCAAAUACGGGGUGAGAACCCGGCGCAGCGAUAUUGAAAUGACUCCGCUUCCACUGGAAGAGGACGAAGAGGAUGAGACUUUGUUCGACGUGAACAGCACGAAUCGAUAAAUAUGCAUUUAAGUAUUGUUUGUAUAUAACUAUUUUUGUAUGACUAACCUAUUAAAUUGAAUGAUUUUUUUUCUAA